AAAGAUUACGGACUUUGUCGUGACAGUCAUGGCUUCUCGGAAUCCGUGGCGAUCGCAACGCAGCUGGACGAGAUUUUGUAGGAUUCAAGUUCCUAUAGAGGGCGAACUUGCCCAGUGCAUCUGGCACUGAUCACGCCCGGGGGAGAAACGCUUUUCGAGGGCUGCCCGUUUGGUUCGCUGUAUCCGGAUGAUUCGGCGACAUUUUAUUGCCAAGAAGCGGGCAGGCAAGCUGAACUCGGCAACACAGCCGAGCACAGCACAGCACAGCACAGCAUCCGAUGGUGGAAUGACCCGAGUGAGGUGUGUCGCGAGGGCUGCCUUGUCCCACCCAACUCAUUUACUUCCCCUUGCACGGCGUGUGAAGAACACGAACAGAAAGCGCUCCCUCAGGCCAUAUAUUUCGCAUGUCAUCCUUCUUUCUCCCUUUCUCGCUCGCCACCACCCCUUCAUUCUUCUUCCUUUUCCUUUUCCUCGCCUCUCCACCUCUCUUGAACCGUCCGUCCCGUCCGUCCCGUCCGUCCCGUCUUGUCGGCCGGGCGCAUGAAACGGACGGAUGGUCAUGGAGACAUGGAGAGACCCUUGAGGGAGCCAGGUAGUCGUCGGGGCUCCAUAGUUGCUGUCCACGUGGCACCACAGCUAGAAAACCCGGCGCUUUGCGGAGUGAGAGUGAUAGAUAGAGAGUGGAAGUAGGGGCGCGAGUGAGAGUGGGAUGAAUACAAAUAGGUAUGGAUCUUUGCUUCGUUGACUACGGUAUCUCCGAAGCCAGAGUUUCGUACCAGUCAUUCCAUAAGGCAUGAGGCUGGCAUGCCCCUGCCGUCUCCUUUUUUCUCUUUUUUUUUCCUGUCUUAUUUCAGCACCUACGAAAGUAUAACGACACUAGCUUCGGGGUAAUGCGGUGUGGGGGUCUCAAAUCAGGGACGCAGAGGCAGCAAAGAAAGGCGGUGUUGGUGUUGGCCAAGCUGAAGCCCCU